AAGAUCACCUGGGCAUUUCCUUGCUUUACGCGUUGAUUGGAACCGCAGUUACGACUAGGCGUUAUUACAUCUACAUCGAUUUCGAUAUAUAAACAAAUACCCAAACUAUAACAUCCUCGUCUCUCCUCGCAUUACAAAGUAACAUAAAUAUAAAUAAGAUACGUAUUGUUCAACUUGGUUCAUUCCCCACCCGAGUACGAGAUUGUCGUUGUAUACUUACAUUCAGUUUCGAUAUCGUUAUCGUGACGCCGUGUCUCGUAUACCAUUCUUUCCUGAUUCUGUGUGACUCUAUGGAACACUCCUAUUCUUGUACAAGCUUCAUUUUUUACUGACAAUGCCAGAUUUUCCAUCUCGAUUCCUCCGGGUACGCGCCGCCAUCGGCGCCUGUGUGCUGCUGCACGUGGGUCGGUCGGCGCUCGCGGCGGCGGCUGCGGGAGUGGUGCCGCAGCAGCAGGCCCAGCUGGAGGAAAGUGACCUUUUCUCCCGGCAAAAUGCAAUGCUCGGCCGAGCGGCUACGGAAUCGCUGCAGCGGACGCACAUCGCCAUCAUCGGGACGAACGGGCUUGCUUUCGAGACAGCAAAAAAUGCGAUGCUGCAGGGAUGUGCGACUCUAACGCUGGUGGAGCCCGAGCCGACGGCCCCCAUGCAAGCCCACGACUUCGGCUUGAAUCAGUUUCUACCACCGGAGUCGAGCGCAGCUGUGAUGUCCCGCGGGGCGGCAACGUCCCCUCGGUCCAUGCCCUCUCUCUCGGGGUCCCGGCAGUCGUCGUUGACGAGCCGUUGCUUCGGGCUGAUGUGCAACCAGUUACCAGCGGCUUUGUCUUUUUUGCAAAGUAGCCGUGCUGGCUCCGCGCCGCGCGGGGAGAUCUCCGGGGAAGAAACCGUCGUGGAGCACGUCUCUGCGCGCUCCUCGGUCGACCCCGGCGUGUCCGGUUCGCGGUACCAGGUUUUUUGCGACGGCAUCGUGGCAGCGCGACUGCAGGAGUUGAACCCGCGCUGUCGGGUAAGCAUCGUCGCUCAUGCUGCAAGUGCGGUCGAGACCGAAUUUUUGCCCUCUUGGCUGGAUGGUCCGGGGAGCAGCAAAGUCGUCAUUGCGACCCACCCGGGACUUGAUCUACCACAGCUGCAACGGUGGAACGAAGUCGUCGUUGCUGCAGCAAAAUCGCAAAUGCCUGAUGCGGACGGGGACGUCGAUAUGUUGUCCAAACCGCCAAACGAAGAGGAAGAGCAGCAUCCAGGGCUUGACCGUGAUGCAAAUCGUGACGAAGCCUCGAUGGCGGGAAAAAAUUUUCGCUUUUUGUACGCGCGCUCGCAGGGACUCUUCGCUUCGAUCUUUCAGGAUCCUGGGAAGGCCUACUCUAUGGAGGCGAGAGAUAAGCUCGAUGCGACCUUUCAGAUAGAGAAGGUGCAAGGGGGACGGAUCCAUUACCUGCCUCCUGAACCGGAGGAGCUCGUAGGUGGGUCCAUGGAGAGCCACGAUCUGCAGCAGGUUGCAGCAGCCGAGCGCAACGGUCCGAACGCCCCCUGGAUUGAGUUUGAAGACGUCGAAAGUACAAACACCGAUGGGGCGGAGAGCCUGAAAACGAAGCGGUUCUACGUGGCGAAAGUAGACAAGGAUAAUCGGUUCGUCACCUUUCACGAGCCGCUGCCACCGACGCUUGUGGGCGGAACGUUCCGCCAGAAAUGGCCGCGUGUUGUGUACACGCAGGCGAAGCGCAUUUCCGAGGCCGCGGAAGCUCCGGAUAGCUUGGAUGACCUGACGGACCUCUCGGACGCGGCGGACGAAGUUUCGAUUCACAGCUCUCUCAUGGCCACCUUGACCGCUAGCGCCGGCGUAGCCGUCGGCGAAGCUGGUACAGCAACAGAUCCAGUUCUGAUCAGCUCCAACUCAACACGUAAGAACUCCAAUAUGAGAGAUUUACAACUAUGUAUGAUUGGUCGUGUGAUGGACAUGAGGAGGAGAAAAGCUAGUUUCUUCGUUAGGGUUCGUCGCUGCAGCACACUUGAUUGUGAUGUGCGAUCAAUUAAACCAGAAGAAGAACUUAAAGUCUGCAUCCACAUUUGCACGCAGAAGAGAUUCUGUAAACAAUAUUCACUUGUGUUGCAGUCACUAAAUAUAAGAGAAUCUUCUAGAUCUACAUCAAUUUUCCAGGUGAAGAUCGACUCGAGCUGUUGCGGCGCCACGCGAUGAACAACGCCGCGAGACUGAAUAAUUAUUCCGCGUCAGAAGUAGAGAAGGUCUGCUUUGACAUCCUCCGCGAAGCCGCACGGCAGAGUACGCUUCGACCAGUACUGCGCCGUGAGAUGUUCGAAUCACAGACGUCCGAUUUGGGUGGGGCCGCAGAUGCUUGUGGCUUUCGCGUGGAACCGGUGGAGGCUUUUUCCAACUUGAAUUCGCCAACGUCUCAGGAUCGGAAGGACGAUGCAGACGCCACGCCGCCGGCGGGCGGGUCCUCUCAGGAAAAUCCCGGGACGGUCUCCGUCACGAUCGCGGAUCCGAGCCCCAGUGCGCAAUCUGAUCUCCAGAAGUGGCCUCUGUCUUUGAUUCUGGCGACUUACUUUGCUCAGGAAGAAGUCGAAUUCUUACCAGUGUCGGCCGUAUUGGCUGGCGUGGUAGCUCAGGAAAUAGCCAAAAUUGCGGGGCAGAGGCAAGCGGGAGUACCGCUCGAAGGGUUCAUGCAUGCCCAAUUUCUUACGGUUCUGACCGAAGAAAACGUGUUGCGCACCUUGCGGCAGCUCUUCGGUUGUCGCCCCCCGUCACCAGCACGUGCAGACGCAACCUUUGCUCCGCGCUCGCGCUCUUCAAAGCGGUCGCACACCGACACCGAACUGUACCUGGGUGGCAUGACCAGCGGGCCACAGACUUGUGACGCUUGGAAAGAUCAGCGCUCGGGGGACGUUCUCUAUCUCUUCGGAGACGCCCUGCUCGACCGACUCCAGCGGACGCGCUUUCUUCUACCGGGGGUGGGCGCCGUCGGAAAUGAAUACGUGAAGACCUUGGCGACCAUGGGGUUUCCCCGCAAAGACAAAGGCGGAAAGCUGGUGCUACUCGACCCGGAUGUCAUUGAGGUGUCCAACCUCAGCCGCCAGCUGCUUUUUCGUGCGCAUCAUUGGAACCAGCCCAAGGCGGUAGUGGCAGGAAACGCGUUGGCCGAGCAUUGGCCCGAGAUCGGCUAUGAAGCCGUUCAAGCAUACGUAGUUAAACUUUAUUUGAUUGAUGGUGGUUCUAAUUUCUCGACCUUCGCUUCUACAGACAGAAAUAAAUUGCAAUUAGAGCACCGCGACGCUUGAGAUUGAGUGCAGGAUGGCAUUGCUCCCUCUUUACGUUCUGAUUGAAAAUGCCUGAUUUCGCAAUUCCUCUGAGUCUUUUCAGCGGAGCUCCUACGGAGGUAGUAGCGAUCUGCGUGGAGAUUUUGCAUGCGUUAAACUACUACAACUGUCAGGUCUGUCCGGAGACUACAGCUCGGCUGCUCCCCAAGUGGAAGUCGACCGACGUUGUGCUCUCCGCUUUGGAUACGUGGGACGGGCGGUAUUACAUUGAGGAUAUGUGCAUGCGCUGCCAGAUUCCAUUUGUGAACUGUGGAACUAGCACACGCAUCAGCGGCGAGACUGGCGUGAUCUACCCUUUUGUGUCCACUUUCCGGGACCGAAAAGAUGGUCUUACGGAGACCGGAGCUGGGGACGAUACCUCGCAAGCGUUUGCAGUGCAAGUCACGUUUCUGCCGACCGAUCAGCCUCUGAACGAGCUGGACGAUGAGGUAGUUUUUACUUAUUUGCUUAUCAAUCUAUCAUAAUCAUUCUCAUGGCUGCACUCUUUGCACGUCACGCCAGAGCAACAUCAACAACAGCCUGUCUCACGCGAGCAUGUAGUUGUUUUGAUUCUUUCCGAAACCGCCGCAUUUUUUGAUUCAAAAUAGAAAGUGCAUGCACAAACAAGCAACAGCAGAGCCUGUAUAGCUACUUUACGAACAUGCAUCAGGGGAAGCCAGUGAUCCUCUUGAGCGGCAAGACCUUGAUGUACCAGCUCUACCACACCAACUGCUGGAAGUGGCACGACUGGACCAGCGACAGCCAAUUUCCGCAGUACCUGCACGAGGUACUUUCGGUGAGUGGCAGUACCGUGCGGACCUACUUCUCUGACGGGGGACCGCACACGCCUGCGGUGAUGGCGGAAAAGCUGGGGGCGCUGGAAGACGUGUUUGCUACGGUCGAUUCUGCUGGAGUUGGGCACGAGACCCCAGAGUUCGCGUCGUUGCGGCGAAACGCAAAACGGUUCGAGAGAACGCCGGGUUCCAGUUACGAGGGGAAAGUUGCGGUGCUCAACUUCUGGAAGUCCUCCGCGAGCAAGGGCGCACCGGAUCCGAAUGUGCGCGCGUGCCAGUUGCGGCAGUUUCCGCGAACGGCCGCCGACUGCGUUCACUGGGCCCGGGAGGUGUUCGAACGCUCUUUCAACGAAUUUCCCGUGACGAUGAAGGACCUGCGGCGGCAGCUGAAGGCCGCAACCCAGGCGCGCGACUUGGACUUCGCGCGCCGCCGUGAAGAAUUGUUCCGGAUCGAGGCGAUUGUGGCUUUGUGGACCGCGUUGGAGACGUCUCCGCUGAUUUCGGACGCGGAACUCGACGGCUUUGUCGGACGCGUGUCGGCCGAACUGUCCGUGCAGCUGUUCUGGCUGCACUUCCACGACGCCGUGCGCGACCUGCAACGCCGGUACCCGCGGGACAAGGUCGAAGAUGAUGGCACGCCCUUUUUUCACGAGAAACGCAAAUUCCCGAGCUUCCAAGAAGGCCUGCAGCUGCACGAGGACUCCACGCAUGCUGCCUAUGUCCGGAGCAACGCGGCGAUUCACAAGCAGUUGUUGGCUCGGCUGGCAGCGAGCAUGUUGCGCGAGCGCACGAAAUGGGCGGCGUCCUCGAAAGCGAAGUCGUCGGUCACGACGACCGGCGGCACAACGAAAGGUCCACAGCGUGUGGCGGCGACCGAACUUGAUCCCAGCUUGGAAGCCGUGGUUGACGAUCAUGGUCGUCCACUCCAGUAUGUUGGGGGCACGGCAGGUCUGACCGUGAAACCCUGGUCUCCCCAGGCGAUGCAGCAGGAGCCAAUGGAGUCGGGCGCGGCCGAUGAUGCCGCACUCCUGCGGAUCCGCGAGUUAGUCAGGGGGCUGACUGCGAUGCUGGGCGAGGAGGACACCGCUGCGGAACCGCCGUCCUCAGACGAAGUGGCGAAAUUCGAGUAUGAUAAAGAUCAGUGGAGCCACCUUGAUUUUGUGUACUCUGCUGCCAACCUGCGCGCGCGGAAUCACCAGAUCCCGCGUAUGCAGAAGGCAGCUGUUUCCCGCAUUGCCGGUCGCAUCGGGGCGGCGUCGAUCGCUGUGACCGCAGCUGCAACAGGCGUAGCCAUGAUCCAGGUGUUCAAGACGGUGCAAAAGCAGCUCCAAGAGGCGUAUGAUCGGUCUGAAGAUGGUUCGAUGCAGGCGAGAAAGCGCCGGAAGUGCGGUGCAAAUAAAGUUCACUGUUUCGACGAGGCGGUUUAUGGCAGUGCACAACUCGCCCCCCUCGUCCCCCUCAUUUGUGAUGCAAAAUACCAAAUCCACUCUUUGCUCUGUGGCACUGCUCGCAUGACAGAUUCCCAAAGCCGAAUCGCCACUACAAUCAGUCGUAAAUUUGUCCUUCAAUAGCUGCAUCUGUGCCAGGAGUUGUGUUGCUGCGGAUGCCAUCCAAAUAAGGGGGAGGGGGAGUUGUGCACUCUCAUACGGUUGACCUGAAGACGCUCGCGAAUCCGUCGUCGAGUGACAUGGGGCACUUCUACCAAUCACGAGCCAGCAUCGAAGCCACGGCGGAUGAAUGGGGAGUCUGGGAAACCGCCCGGGUGCCGGCCACCACGCUCGGCGGAGUACUGCAGUGGGCGCGGGAGUACUUGGCCAUUCGGAUUUUCAAAUGGCAAGUGCGGUUGGGGUACUUCGUGAAGAAAGGCGACAUCCUGCAGGGGCAGGUAGACGAAAAGAUACCGCAGUAUCUCACGCUCUACGACGGCACUAGAGAGUUUUGUCGCGAAAUUUUGCUGACUCACUCGCCAAGCACAGGCGGGAAUGCGCUCCUUGCAGAGCUCAUUGGUCACGCGCUGGAGACAGUGGUGCGGCCCGACAGCCCGAAGCAAGGUGGUACGUCUCCGGGACAACAGCGGAGUCUGGAGCGCAAAACCUCCAGAGGACUUACAUCGUUGAAGGCGGUCGCUGUGGAUUUUAUGCGCGGAGCAGAGAGCGUCCGGAACCGCUGGUUUACCGAAGGCACAUCCCGACUGGAAACCGGGGCGCCUGCUGGCGGCGACACGGUGGAAGGUGCAAUCGAUGUGUGCGCCCCGAUGUUGAAGACGACGCUGAACCUGUAUCGGCAGAUCGAGCGGAGCCUGUCGCAGAAAGUGGGUCCGAAGAAGGACGUCCCUGGCGCUCCGGCGCCGCCCGGCAUGACCGCGAGCGAUGGACAGCGGGCUCCGGUUGCGUCGUUCUCCCGCGAGGACGUCCGAGCCGAAUUGCUGCAGCAAAUUGGCGCGUUCCCCGAAUACAAUGACCCUGCGUGGGAACAGGCCAAUAUCGACGCCGUCGCGCAGUCGGGCUGGUCCGACCCGGCGGCGUCGGCUGGGCCUCCGAAGGGGGGCGGUGGCUUUUUGGCCGGGCCGUCCGGAGGCUCCGGGGACCGUGCCGCGGUGAAGCUCGAGGACAUCGUGCGGACGCAAGUGGGCCGUCUGCGCAAGGAAUGGACUCGUCGGGGAUUUUCGCUGAAGACGACGCUUCGGGACAUCGUUCAGCACGCUAUCCUGUGGUCAACGUCUCUCGCUCUUCCGAUUCAUAGUAGCUUGCAUUGGCCGGUUCAUUGGAAAAUAUUGAUUUAUGCAUUUAUGGUUGUUGCAUGAUAUGCGUCUUUUUCAAUCGGUAUACCUGCUUCAAAACGUAGUUGCAAAUUCGGGUUUGAGUCGCAAGCUUUAAUUUGAGCUUUACACAUAGAUGCGCAUCGUGCAUUUUUGAGUGGCAGCAGGAAUGGAAAUGGUGUUGGACCGAUGGCGAUAGACAUUUUCCACUGGAUAACCGCAAGACAUGAGACGACUCAGAUGCUGUUGGAAAGCAAAAUCAAGGUCGAGGCAGGUGGGAUGACGAUGAAGUCCCUCGCGAGUCCGGACGAAGAGAGCACCGCGGAGCCGGCGUGGUGGACGUCCGCUCGGGAGCUGCGAAGGUAUGCUAUGCAGUACGAGAGGUUCGGUGACAGGGAUCUGCCGUCGCUGGAGCUGUGGUACGGCUCCGAACCGCGCCCUAGCGCUUGAACCGCGAGGCCUGCGCAAUACAAAUACAACAUCGAGGAGGUGGAAGGCAAAGAGCGGGCAAAGAUGGACGCCCGAGCGGGAUCACUGAAUUAAGUAGUUUACUACAACGAAAAUAAGGCGUACUAGCAAACUUUCUACCCGUUGCCGCUUCUUACGUGGCCAGGUCUGCGCUUUACCCUAGUAUCGUCAAUAUUACGAUUACCUUGUCUGCCAGGAGCACUGGCACACGGAUUGAAAUAAGUUGGAACGAAGGUUUAUCAUCUGCUAGACAACCGCAACAGUUUGCGUCGCAGAAGAAAUUGGCAAGCAGGUUGGUGUGGUGAUUGCCUGCUCCUUGGAAUCUUUGAUAAAGAUCAUGAGGUCGCUCGUUUAUGCUUUCUUUAUAUCGAAGGAGAAGGACCCUAUCAAACAAGUAGGUUUACGCGCUGGAAAAUGGCUGCUUCUUUUAUUUAUUCAGUUGCACCCCGAACCCGGCGACUCCCGUCUUCGCUUGCGUUUUGUUUCGAGGCA